AUCCAUACCAACCGGCAGCGCGUUAAGAUGGCUGGCUAUGCCGCUGCUCCCAACGCCUUGCAGACACUUCAGGAGGAAGCGGUGUGCGCCAUCUGCCUGGAUUACUUCAAGGAUCCCGUGUCCGUUGGCUGCGGGCAUAACUUCUGCCGAGGGUGUGUGACGCAGCUGUGGGGCAAGGAAGAUGAUGAGGAAGUCAGGGACGAAGAGGAAGCUGAAUGGGAGGAGGACGAGGAGGCGGUGGGGGCCAUCGGUGGAUGGGGCAACUCCAUUCGAGAGGUUUUAUACCAGGGGAAUGCUGACGAGGAGUUGCUCCAGGACCAAGAGGAUGAUGAACUCUGGGACGGUGACGGUGGCGUAAGGGAUUGGGACAACGUGGAUUAUGUGUGGGACCAGGAGGAAGAAGAGGAGGAUACGGACUAUUACCUGGGAGGCGUGAGACAUGACCUGAGAGCUGACGUCUACCCAGAAGAAGAGGAGGAGAUAUUGGAAGAACACGAUGAGGACGCCCAAGAGCUGUAUCCUGACACUCACCGGCCUCCUCCCCCGGCCCCUCCACGGCAGUUCACCUGCCCCCAAUGCCAAAAGAGCUUUACGAGUCGCAGCUUUCGUCUCAACUUGCAGCUGGCCAACACGGUCCAGAUAAUUCGCCAGAUGUGCCCCACUCCUAAUCGAGGGAGCCAGGGGAAUGAUCAGGGCAUCUGCUCCAAACACCAAGAAGCUCUGAAACUCUUCUGUGAGGUGGACAACGAGGCCAUCUGUGUGGUGUGCCGAGAAUCCAGGAGCCACAAACAGCACAGCGUGGUGCCAAUGGAGGAAGUGGUGCAGGAGUACAAGGAGAAAAAAAUGGAGAAACUUGUGAAACCUUGCAUUCCGAAUGCUGCCACAAAUUUGAGAGGAAAUUGA